GAGGGCUGCCUUCAGCAACAAGACCUUGGCUGGGCAGAAGGAGGGGAGAAGGAGGGAAGGGCAGGGCCCUGAGGCCAACAGGAGGCUGGCCUGGGGAAAGGCGUCCCUGGCCCAAGCAGGGCAGGGACAACGUUUGUCUACAGGAGGAGAUGGCUGAGAGUGCCAGCACAGCUGCCCCGCCGUCGGGUGGACCAGGAGCCAAAGGCAGUGGCGGAGGCUCCUCGGGUGCCUGGUGGAAAGUGUUGACCAGCAGCAGCAGCAGCAGCAGCAGCAGGAAAAAGCCCAAAGAACCACCAGUGGCUGCACCUGGGGCAAUUCCUGCCCCACCCAGCCCCUCGGACUCCCGGGAGAACCAGCAGCCCGGCUCAGGCAGCCGUCGGAAUCUCAAGAUUUCCCGCUCUGGCCGUUUCAAGGAGAAGCGGAAAGUCCGUGCCACGCUGCUGGCAGAAAGCCCCCAAAAGCUCUUUGAAGGAGGAGGAGGAAGCACCAGCACCACCCCUGUGCUCCCUGGUGAAGAGACUCGGUGCCAGUGACCAUCCUGCUGCCUCCUCUUGGCAUCUCCUUCCCAGCCCCAAUUAACUGUUGCCUCCCUCAGUAGCUGCUACUUCCUUGGAUGAGAUGGCUCCUGGCGAAUGCCUGCAGCUUUCCUUUCAGAAGAAAAAAGAGGCCUCAUGCACCUGAUUCAGGAUGACCAGAUGCCAUAAGCACAAAGGAGGAGAAGGCACCGCAAAAUGUGGGCAUUAUGAAAUAAAAGCUAAAAAACACUAAUAUAAAGUCAUGCUUCUUAGUCCUUCUCAAAAUGGAGAACACUGAAAUUUUUCCUGAACAGAAGAUUGAAAUGUAGGACAUGUCCUGGAAAAGGAGGAUGCCUAGUCACCCUGUCCUGUUUGGCACCUCUGGUGCUGAGGAGUUUGGACUCUGGUGAAAGGGAAGCAUGGGCCAUGCUGUCCUCUCUCACCAACAGGGCCCACUUUAAUCAAUGACACAUAGCAUACUUGGCUUGAACAAUAGUAGAAAUAUGCAACAAGAGUUCAUCUAAGGACACAAGGAAGCGCACCGAGUAUGGCUUCUAGUUCUUUCCUGUCACAUUCUCCCAUGAAAUUAAAGGGUACAGAGGGCUUAUGAAGAAUUUAUCACUGUGAAUUAUUUCCCUACGCUUUCUUUCCCAAGCAGCUUCUCCUUCCAACAGCAUCCACAGAAAUGGGGAUAUUUAGAAUAACAGAGAAAGUGGAGAAGGAUUUUAAUAGGCACCCUAUUGAUCUGGAAUCAUAUAUCCCAAAUCAGGAACAGCCAAAUAUAAAACCUGCUGUUGUGUGCCUUCAAGUUGUUAUGGAAUUACGGCAACCCUAAGGCGAGCCUGUCAUGGGGUAUUCUUAGCAAGAUUUGUUCAGUGGAGGUUUGCCAUUGCCUUCC